CAUUUCAGCUGAACACUUUGUUUUUAUUUCAAUUUUCGACACAGGUUUCAACUUUUCAAAAUGACGGCCCGCGCGUUCUCAAAGAGUCUGAAGGAGCUCCGUGUGCACUUUUCGCAGGGGUCGCCGGCCAGCCGAGGACUUCGGGAUUUCAUUGUGGGCAAGUACCCUGAGCUGAAGAAGGUCAACCCGGGACUGCCGAUUCUUAUCCGCGAGGCUAACGGCGUCGAGUCGCGCAUUAUCGCGCGUUUCGACCAGGGCCGUGAGCGCAAGGUGGUCGUGGACAACCUGAAUGCCAGCGAUGUUGAGCAAAAGUUCAAUGCGCUGGUUUCCGAGUCGCAGUGA